AAUGUUUCAAUCUAUGAUAACUGAAAAUGUCAUUCAGUUCUCUUAAUUUUUAAGAAGGUUAUGGGCUUUUGACUGUCCAUGAUCACAGCUUUUUUUGUUAUGUCCAUAGAAAAUCAAUAGGGAACAAGAUGCUAAUUUCCGAGUAUGAAAAUGGCCAUAACUUUUUUAUUACUUGAGAUAUGAAAGUGAAUUAGGUGUCAAAUUAAACUUAUUGUUAUGCUUUAUCUGAUGGGAUAAAUUGCAGACUUGAUUUUUUAAAUCUCAAAAUUUUGUAACAUUGCUAAUACUUACCAACCGCCGGGUAAGCGCCAAUCUGAGUCACACCAAUUAAACUCAGGUUCGUGUCUGAUACAGAACAUGCGUCUGUGGUGAUCGACGCGCUUUCACGCAAAAUAAAAGGUCUGAAGAAUCGUCUCGACCCGAAACGUCGCUUUUUCCUUCUCUCCAUAGAUGCUGCAUCACCCGCUGAGUUUCUCCAGCAUUUCUGGUUACCUUCUAUUUUUCCUGUAUCUGCAGUUCUUUCUUAAAGACAAAAUGAUCAUGUCGUUGCUGUGGAUGUUUGUAUUCAACAGUGUAUUACCCAUAUCGUAUUAUUAAUCCUUAUUCGUUGAGACCCAUAACAUUGAUCUUUGUUUUCAGAAUCACACAGAUGCAAUGGUGGAUUUGCUGCUGAACUUUCGAAGUAGUGUGUGUUUGUUCACAACGCGUAACUCAUGUGGACCACGUCGUGCGCUGGUAAUAUGUUUAAUCUUUUUGCAUCGCAGUGAACCUGGUGACAAUUGUGAUCCUGUGUCGAGGAAAGUGUGGUCUCUCCAGCAGUGUGACUCGCUACCUGGUGGCCAUGGCAGCGGCGGAUCUACUGGUCAUUAUCUUUGACCUGAUAUUGAGAAUGAUUCCGAUUGCUCAUGAAAUGUAUUUUGUGAAGUUCAUCCCCCUGUGUAAUAUCCACGCCGUCGUGCUUUACGCGGUGACCGACUGUUCUGUGUGGAUCACCGUCGCCUUCACAUUUGACCGAUUUGUUGCCAUCUGUUGCCAAAAGCUGAAGCACAGAUAUUGCACCGACAAAACAGCGACUGUGGUUCUGGGCACGGUGAGUGUACUGAGCAGUGUGAAAAAUGUUUACUGGUAUUUCAUGUACUCAUCUUGGUACACAUUGGCGAAUACUCCCUGGUUUUGCUACAUGGAUGUCCGUGUUAUGUUUUCAGUUACCUGGGCAACGAUUGAGUUUCUUCAUUAUAUCCUCACCCCCUGUGUCCCGUUUGUGUUGAUUCUGCUGCUCAAUACUUUAACGAUCAGACAUAUUUUGGUGGUCAGCAGAGCCCGCAGGAGACUCCGGGAUCAGAAAAGUGCUGAUCCCGAAAUGGAGAAUCGAAGGAAAUCGAUGAUAUUGUUGUUCAUUAUUUCCGGGAAUUUCAUUUUGUUAUGGGCGGUAUUUACAUUCUAUUUAAUAUGGAAACGAAUGCGGAAUUUGAGAUAUUCCGAUUUUUUCCUUCCUUCCUUUGUAUCAGAAAUAGGAUUUAUGCUGCAAAUACUUAGUUGUUGCACAAACACGUGCAUCUAUGCAGUAACACAGAAGAAGUUUAGAGAGCAGUAUUUGACUGUGUUAAUAUAUCCGUUUACUCGACUGACAAGAUUAAUUAAACACUGCACAAGGAUAAAGGCUGAGAAAAUUACAGUCUCAAUGGUUAGAACCGUAGAUUUGUAGAGAGAUGCAGCACGCUGACAGCCUCUGCGCUCAUCGUGACCACGCCGAUCAUCAACCUGCUACCUACACUAAUAUGGUAUCAAUUGCAUUCUCCGUAUAUUCCAUAACCCCACCACCCCCGCGAUUCAAAAUUCAGCAGGAUACUCGGGGGAAUUUACAGUGUGCGCCCCAUGUCAAUAUUGAAAUAUAGAGGUGCCGGCAACUUCACAUUCACAACCACCCACGGCAUGCUGGAUUAGCGGAGGGAAUUAACAGGACAUUGAACAGUAGUAUCUAACAGCGUGAGAAAGCGCAAAUUCCGCAGCCAACUGGUAAGAUCAGGCAGAGGAGAGGACCUAGUGCAGGAGUAACUCAUCGGGUUAGGCAGCAUCGACGGAGAAUAUGUACAGGAGAUGUUUCAUGUCAAUAACCUUCUGCUGACUGAUUGUGGGUGGGCUGCAAUCAGCAAGCAAAACCAGGACAAACCAGGGCCAGUAAGACAUUAUCUCAAUCACGGUGUUUCCUUGAAAGGCCAAGGCUAGUGACUGUGUGAUCCCAAGAGGGACUCGUCGUUGUGAGCGGCGAACUGGUGAACCGACUUUAAAUGGAGGGGGGAAGUUUUACCGCUGGGUUGUAGUCAAACGAAACAUGAGGUGUUGCUGCCCCACCUGCGCGUGGCCUCACUAUGUUAAUUCAGGAGGCUCAGGACAGAAAUGCAUGUUAUGGUAUUUGGAAGGGGAGUUAAAAUGGGUCGCCACUGGAAGGUCCAUUAGCCUUGACAGAUCAAAAUUAAGAGCCCUCCAACAAAGCGGUUCCUAAUUGGAUGAUUAUAUUUAAUCUUACCGCCCAUGGUCACAAUCGGUCCAAUAUUGUUGUCAGGUGACCGUAAGUUGUGGAACGAAAAAAAACAAAUAUGAGAAAAAGAAAUUGUGGCGAUUUUGCUGGACAAGAGAGUUUGAGUGGUAAGAUUUUAUGGGGAGAUGUGAUGAUAUAUAUUUACUGACAGAGAGUCAUAGAGCAUGGAGUAAUUUACGUUUUACAAAUGUUCAGAUUAUUGAGUGAACAUUAUAUUAUUAAUUGAGGAGGCUCAAGACGGGAAUGUAUGGUGUAGUAAUGGGAAGGAGAGUUACAACGGUUAGCCACUGGAAGAUCCUGUAGGCCUUGACAGAUCGAACGUAUAUGUCAGCAUAAGGGUUGUGUGUCUAAACUUGGUCUUGGCGAGCCCACAUGUGGAACACUGGAUGCAGUAGAUGAGGUUAGUGGAGGUGCAUGUAAUCAUGUUGUGAAUUCGAACUAAUGGUCGUCUGUUGAGUAGCAGGUUCAGGAUCCAGUUGCAUAGGGGUGAGCACAGAGAUAGUUCCCUGAGCUUGUUCACAUGAGAAGGUUCGGAGUGGAUGUCGAUGUGAACUCGGAGCUGCAAAUGUUGAUCAUGAAGGAGAGAAGUGAGGUGGGGGAAAUAGUCAUAAGUGUGAACGUAUUGUAACUAAAAAGUCAAUUCGGAGAAUAUAUAACAAUAUUAAUAUGUAAACAAUUUUAUAACCAUAUAACCAUAUAACAAUUACAGCACGGAAACAGGCCAUCUCGACCCUUCUAGUCCGUGCCGAACACAUAAUCUCCCCUAGUCCCAUAUACCUGCGCUCAGACCAUAACCCUCCAUUCCCUUCCCAUCCAUAUAACUAUCCAAUUUAUUUUUAAAUGAUAAAAACGAACCUGCCUCCACCACCUUCACUGGAAGCUCAUUCCACACAGCUACCACUCUCUGAGUAAAGAAGUUCCCCCUCAUGUUACCCCUAAACUUCAGUCCCUUAAUUCUCAAGUCAUGUCCCCUUGUUUGAAUCUUCCCUACUCUCAGUGGGAAAAGCUUUUCCACGUCAACUCUGUCUAUCCCUCUCAUCAUUUUAAAAACCUCUAUCAAGUCCCCCCUUAACCUUCUGCGCUCCAAAGAAUAAAGCCCUAACUUGUUCAACCUUUCUCUGUAACUUAGUUGCUGAAACCCAGGCAACAUUCUAGUAAAUCUCCUCUGUACUCUCUCUAUUUUGUUGACAUCCUUCCUAUAAUUAGGCGACCAAAAUUGUACACCAUACUCCAGAAUUGGCCUCACCAAUGCCUUGUACAAUUUUAACAUUACAUCCCAACUUCUAUACUCAAGUAAUCUAAUAAUAUUAGGAAAUUAUUAGAUUACUAGGUCAAGUUGGCGAAACAUACGACACGCUUUGCCAGAUAAUCGGGUGAAUCAGGAAACAGAAUGUUAGAGGUUACCCCGACGGAUCUAAAACAUGAAUGAAAGACUACAAGGAAACUUUGAUCACUGAUGACAUAUUUCAAGAACAUGAAACCUUCAUAUAGCCAUUGUGUCGUGAGCUAUUAAAAAAUAUGUUGUUAAAAUGUCAGUAAACUCCAUUUUGAAUUGAAUUUGAACUACAUUUAAAGUGUUUCCCAAUAUGUACUGUUCAGUUCUUGAAUAAACUGAUACGUGUCGGAAUCGCACCUCGUGUUGACGAAGAUUUGUUAGGUGUUCUUCAGAUCUGAACAAUGAUUACAAGGGCGACAACGUCAAGCUAGAUUCAACGACAGAUCAGACACACAAUUGUGUGUAGCAUAAUAUUAAUGUGCAAGGAACGCUGCUCGGUGCGGACUGAAGGACCUGUUUCCGCGUUGCAUCUCCAAACCAUGAACUAAAAAUUACAGAAAUUAAUUGGUAUUUAAGAAUAUUAUAAUUAGCGUUCUCUAGGAAUUUGAAAAGGAAUAUUUCGGAAUUGGUGUUUCAUAGAUAUGUUUUUGUUAACAACAAUGCAUUUCCAAAUGGUGUAAUUAUUUUUGUCAAGCUCUUUGAAUGUUAAGCCCAGUCUGAAGAAGGGUUUCGGCCCGAAACGUCGCCUAUUUCCUUCGCUCCAUAGAUGCUGCUGCACCCGCUGAGUUUCUCCAGCAAUUUUGUGUAUCUUUGAAUUACUGAUUUUCAGUUUUGAGUUCUCUUGGAACAGCUUGAAUUGAUGUAUUCCCAGUGUUUGUCUUGUAAAAUUUAAAUAAACAGGAAUGAUUCCUCUCUCCAAGAAGGCAAAUGUUUAUUGUGCUUGAAAUUCAGCAUGUUUCGGAUGAGAAGCCAUAUGCAGGUUUUAUUUAUUUAUUUAUUU